CGAUCCGACCUACAAGUAAGAUCUCUUCAGCGACGACUACGACACGUCGGAAAAGCAGCGGGCGCCAGCCUGGACGGACAGGUGUGUCUGGCGCCGAAUGAAGGCUUUGGCCGAAGGCGACUUUCCCUCUUGGAAUCCUGGGAAACUCAUCCAUUACGGACGCUCCGAGCUGAAACAGAGUGAUCAUCGUCCCGUCAUCGCCAUCAUUGAUGCAGAGAUUAGGGAGAUUGAUCAGCAGCGCCGACGGACAGUCUUUGAGCAGGUCAUCAGGGAUCUGGGACCCCCAGAUUCUACGAUUGUGGUGCAUGUCAUGGAAUCUUCGGUCGACGACGAGGGGCCCACCAUCUAUGACGAGAGCGUGAUGUCUGCACUGAUUGCCGAGCUGUCAAAGAUGGGUGAGGUUACCCUCGUGCGCUAUGUGGAGGACACCAUGUGGGUGACCUACCGAGACGGCGAGGCGGCCCUGAACGCCGCCGCCAAACGGAGCACACAAGUCUGCGGCCUGGAGCUGGUCUUCGAGCUAAAGUCUUCUGACUGGCAGCACUUGGUGGACAGCGAGAUCGAGCUAUGCACCACAAACACCAUUCCGCUGUGUGCUAAUCCCACAGAGCAGGCCCAGCUGUUGCAAGUAUCGCCGGAGGUUCCUCAGCGGCCCAAGCAGCCGCCGACGCGACCUCCCGCUCGCCCGCCCAUGCCCAUGUCGCCAAGGAACUCGCCACGUCACAUCCCGCAUGUCGGGGUCAUCAGCAUUGUCCCCAAGCCGGCCAAGCCGCCGAUGCCCCCCAGCCCCUGAUGCAAGAGCUCCUCCAGCCGAUGCAAGCGCCUCCUCGACCGCCUGCCAUGGACAACACACCCUCCUCCAAAACGCAUUCCCCCACAGAGCUGGCCUCCGUCUGUUCAUCGUGCUCAUCUUCGGGCAAGGCCACUAGCUCAGCAGUGGCCUCCGGUCCGCCCACUGCCCUCGUCUUCUGCCGCAACCCCAUCCUCGAAGCAGCCAUCGCUGGAGAUGCCGGACACCGCCUACGAGACCGCUAGCAAUAUAUACGAGGAGAUCCAAGACGACGUUCCCGCACCGCGCCACCCACCCCCGGCUGGACCGCCUCCAGUCAUUGGCGGCGGCCCUGUGGACAGCCUUCGACGCCAGGCUGGAGCAGCUGGAGCAGCUGGAGCACCGAUGGGUCCCCCGCCACCGCUCCCGAAUCGAGGUCGUGGUCCGCCACCGAUACCAAAUAGAAGCGGCAAUGCACCGCCGCUGCCAACGCGACCCACUAACAACUAGGCGGAACAGGCCCAUGGGCUCGCAAUCUUACAUUCCGCAUUUCUGUAUUUAACGUUGGAAUCGCGUACCGAAAUAUAAUCGAAUAUAUUAACAAACUUGUUUAGAGAGAGCGAAGGAGCCACACAACAUAGAUGAAUCUCUGUUUGCGCACGUAUCCUGCACACUACCUACUUAAGUUAUGUGCUUAUUUCGAUAGCCUCUAGCCAGAAUCAAAACUAAACGAGACUAAAUUACGUACCCGUAGAACGUUGCAUGUUAGCCCUUUGUUGGAUGAGAAUAUCACUUUUUAUGCAUGUUUACCGCUGGCCAGACGUACUCACCCCGGUGCACCAAUACGCCAAGGAUCGCAAGGAACAAAGCCUGACCUACUUAAGUGGAAUUACUCGGCAUAAACAUAUCGUUUAAAUCAACUAUAUACUAUAUA